AUGUUGGUCCUGACGCAAAGCAGCCUCGAACGCAAGGCCAGUAAGUCAGUGGCAGCCAUGGCCGCGUAUCAGCCGCUGCAGCUCGCUGCCGAGCAGGACGAUCGUCCGGAAUUCGUUCGCCUAGGGAGACGGAAGUCCGACAUUCGCCAACGGCUAACUCCCGGACCCACCCCUCCCCCGAGCCACGCCUCCCCGCUCGUCACCUUCCCGGACUCCACCCCCCGACCGUCUGGUCCAGGCUUGGGCCAAGCCUCGGGUACAGGCUCGGGGACCGGGUUCGGCAUCGACAUUGGGGACUACUCCGGCGGUCUGAGGGGUGCCGAUCAGGGGUAUAGAUCCCCUAAAGAGGUUCACGUUUCCCCCUUUAUUGUCACACCCGGUUCCGGGCGUAGUGGCGGAGUCGGAACGGACAUUGGCGGAAGUUUUCCGUUUUCCGCGGGGGGAAUGAGCGCAGAUUUGACGGCAGUUCUGUCACACCACCACCAGCACCUCCGGCGCUCCCCACCUCCCGUGAUUAUUGCCCCCUCCCCCCCCUCCCCCCCCACCACCACCACCACCACCACCACCACCACCACCACCACCACCACCACCACCACCACCACCACCACCACCACCACCACCACCACCACCACCACCACCACCACCAUCACCGUGUCACGCGUGCAGGAGCCUCCAGUGGACUUUGAGGACCGUGGAGAGGAGGUGUAUGAGCGGUUCGAGGGGGUGCUGGCGGCUGCUGUGCGCGGUGUGGUGGGAUACCGGGACUCUCUCAGGCAGUUGGAGCAGUGCUGCAGGGAGCUGGCGGUGGGGUUGCGGGCGGACGCGGGGGAGAGUGUGCAGCCCGCACAGGAGCACGUGCUCAGCAGGAAGAGCCAGGCGCUCCAAUCAGAGGCUGCCACAUGGGCGCUCAUGCACCACCUGUUUGGAUACGACACGGACCACCUGACGGAAGACGUGCGUCUGCAUCCGUCCCCAUCAGCACAGGACACGUGCGACUUCCUAUCGUCCAAUGAGAACGCGCAGCACAGCUGGCGGGUGCUGAGGUGGCUGGAAGGGCUGGCAGAGUCCGACCUCAUGCUGCUGCAGGCGGAACGAGGCACCUGCCUGGGAAGCUACACCGAAGCUUCUGGCCUGCGUGUGCACACGCAGAGGGCGAUUCGCGAGGGGCAGGUGGGGCUGGGCGGGAUUGUGGGUCUGGGCGGCAGGAGGAGCAACGCGCUGGCGUUUGGUGGGGUGGAGGGGCGGUAUGGGCGGGGAGGGGGAGAGGAGAUGGUGACUGCUGUGGAUGCUGAUGCUGUGACCCGAGAAGGAGGGCGACUGCAUGCAGAGGACGAGCGAGUAGAGGAGGAGUUGCUAUCAGACGUCUUCACGCUCAUCACUGCCGGCCGAAUCCACGACGCCCUCAACCUCUGCCGGGCGGCGGGGCAGACCUGGCGGGCAGCGGUUCUCGGCGGGACAUGGGCCCCGCCGCCCAGCGCCGGGGCGGCAGGGGAGAGCUUCCCCACAGUCGCCACCCCCUCUCUCCCUGAUGCUGUCAAGCGCAGCAGCAGCGACCCCCACCACGUGCUGCAGAUGCACCUCAUUCUCAGGAACGUUCCAGGAACCAUCCAGGCGCUGCGGUCAUGGAUCAUCCCCUCGGUGGCUCCCUCGGGAUUGGGUCCCUCUCUUGGCGGCACUUUGGAGAACGAUUCCGACCCCGCCCUGGUGCGCUGUGGCGCCCAUAUGGUGGUGCUGCUGCGCUCCGUGCUCCCUGCUGCUGCUCGCAAGCAGUACAGGGACUGGCUCAAUACAUCAGGGGAUGUCAUCUUGUACACCUACUGUGUGCUGCUGGCAGCGCAGCGAAGGGACCAUCUCACACCGCUCUACGCUUCGCUGCUGCUCACGCCCUCCCUCGCCUCUGACUUCUUUCUUCAACUCUUCGAACAGCGCAAAACAGACAGUGUGGAGGCCAAGAGGCGGACAGUGGAGGCGAUGUGUCUGCACCUCCCUCUCUCCGGCCCUGACUCAGUCCCCACCGUGCUCAACAGGUUUCUCUCCAAGUGCUCCCAUUGGUCCGACCCUGGGGUCCUGCCAGCCUCUGAUUGGCCGAGAGCCGUGCUGGCGGAUCUGAGGGGACAGGUGGCGGCGUUUGAGUGGGCUGUGACGGACCCCACUGCACCAGCCACAGUGGGCAGCGCGGAGUGGGGCAGGGAGAGGAGGAAGAUGCAGCGGCUGGCCCUGCAGCACGGGAACCUUCUGCUGCGCGCCAUGCUCCUAGCGGCGCACGCGGAGGGCGGCAGCAGCAGCGGCAGCCCGUCCAGCCAAUCAGGGCGCUCCGUUGCCGCCCUGCUGGCAGAUACAGCGGCAAGCAUUCACGCAGAGAGGGAGUCGAGGCGAGGCAAGGAGCAGGAGGAGCAAGGGGAGCAAGAGGAGCAGGAUUUAGACGAGGAGGAAGAGGAGAGCGUGGAGCUGAGCGAGUUUGAUUUCUGGGGCAGCGAGCACGUGCUGCUGGCGUGUGUGGCGGUGCUGGCUCCCUCAGGGGCGCUCGUGCCCGGCGAUGCCUCUCUGUGUGCCGCCAUGCACUCGGCGCUCAUGGCGUGUGUGGGGGAGCGAGAGGCGGAUGCGCGGCACGUGAGGGUUGACGUGGCAGUGCACCCCUCCGACUCGCGCCUUCUCACGCUCGCCAUUCGCUGCCUGACAGGAGCGGAGGAGGAGGGAGUGAGUGUGGAUGUGGAGAGCCCUGCUGUGCGCAUCAUGGCCCGUGUUGUCAAAGCGGAACUCCCUCACAUGGACCCUGCUGCUCGCAUGCACGUGGUGCGCUGUGCUGCCUUCAUCAACCGACCCACCCACCGCCCAAGCUUCUCCGGAACCACCGUGGAUAGCUUUGGCACUGCAGCAGCAGAGGCUCGGGGUGCCGAGCCUGCGCCAUGGCUCAUGCGACGGCUGUGCCGAGUGUGCUGCCUUCCCACCAUUGCCUUGCGCUGCCAGGAGGUGCGGGUGUUUAUGGCGCAGCAGCUAGAGCCAUCAGUGCAUGUGGAUCCAGCAGCAGCUGGGGAGGUCAUGGAAGCAACUGAUGUGGCGGCUCUGGUGGCCCAGGGCACACUGCAUCAACUCUUCACACCACAGCAGCUUCAGAAAUUGCUACUUAUGGAAAGAGAGGUGGUUCUCAGCUCCAUCAACCAGGGUCAGCCCACAUUCGUUUGCGACAGAGCCUGUCACCUUCGCGCGCCGUAUGCCGUCCUAUUGGCUACGCCGAAGAGCUCGUCGUCGUCCGAUUUACUCCCUCCGCCGCCCUCCUGGCCCGAGGAGUACGCGGGAGUUGCGCCGCUUCCCUCCGACGACUCCGCCGCCACCUUCCACGUGGCGGACUACGGCGCGCAGCCCGACGGCCGCGGGGAUAGCUGGGGCGCCUUCCGCCACGCAUUCGACGCAGCCUGCAAGCUCGCGGAGGCGGAAGGGGUCCGCGUCCGCGUGCUCGUCGCUCCGCCGUCCGCGGAAGGAUCCUCAGGGGGAAGCUUUUCCGCGGAAACAUCAUCCAAGGAUGGCGGUACUACGAAGGAUUCGGGCAGAAUCGCUAGUACGAAACGCACCAGCGACAGUGCUGCUGGCAACGGGAUUGACACUACAUCGGACAACGACUCGUCCGCGAUUAGCGAUCCAAACAAUACCGCGGAUAACAAGCCACAUAUGCCGCCGGUCCCUGACGUCACAAUGCCGGACGUCAACGUUAACGUUAACGUCGACAAAUCGAUCGCUAACUUGGACGCGUUGAAAGGACCCACUAGCAGCGGAGGCGGCAACCGCAAUGGCGGGGGCGGGAACAGAAGCGGGGGAAGCGGAGGAAGCGGCGGGCACGUGGUUAGCGAUACGAUGCAGUGGCUCCUCAACCACCGCGGACUGGCGGAAGAAAACCGCGGGCUGGCGGGGAGAAGGUUGGCUGUGCGGAGGCGCAAACUGGCGGAGCGGAACCGUAUCCUGGCGGAGCAGAGCCGAGAGGCGGACGGGAACAACGCCAAGUACUAUCUCAGCCGUUCGAUCACGGUGAACGGAUCGUGCGGCGCUGGAUUGACGCUGCAGAUCGACGACGCGACGAUCUACGGCCCCAAAACUGCGGAGGGCUAUCCCGAACCGUCGCUGUACAUUAACGAGGAUAAAAUCGGAGUGGCGAGUAACGGCAUGUUUCGGUUCGUAGGGAUAACUGGGCUAGUCAUACGCGGUAGUGGCAGACUCGACGGCAACGGCGAGGGGUAUUGGGAUACUGAGGCGCACGACCGGCCGCACCUGCUGUCGCUGAUCAACUGCCGAGAGGUCAUUCUCGAUGGCGUGGCGCUGCGCAAUCCCCCCAUGUACCACGUGUUCUCCUAUGGCAUCGACUGGCUGUGGGUGAGGAGAUUAACUACCAACGCGCCUGAUGAGUCGCCCAACACGGACAGCCUUAAACUCCUGGGCGUGCGCCACGCGCUCAUUGAGAAUUGCACCUUCCACGGGGGCGAUGAUGACGUCUCGCUGGUGGCACGUGGCAGCCAGGCAGUGGCCAACGUGACAGUCCGGAAUCUGAUUGCCACGUCAGGGCACGGGAUCAGCAUCGGGAGUUUGGGAGCGGGGGGGGCGGUGGCGUGUGUGUCGGACGUGAGCUUCAAAGAUCUGAUUUUAUCGGAUCUGUCGAAUGGGUUGAGGAUCAAGACGUGGCAGGGCGGCUUGGGAAUGGUGCGGAAUGUACAGUACGAGAACGUGUACAUGACGAACAUCGAACGGGCCAUUACACUUGAUCAGUUCUAUUGUGACGACAAUCAGGACUUCCCCUGUGAGCCAUCGCCUCACAACGUGGCAUUGGUCAACAUCUCGUACACCGAUGUGUACGGCACUGCUUCCAAGUAUGCAAUGGACAUGGAGUGUAGCGAUACAGUUCCCUGCACAGGCAUCUCCCUCAACAAUGUCAAGCUGGGAGGAGCAAGCUCGAGCACUAAGGAGCCUGUGUUCAAAAACAUCCUGUUGAGCCAUGCUGUGGGUGACGUGGCUCCCUUGGCAGAGGAUAUGACAUCUUAUGAAAAAUGGGGUGUUGAAUUUAAGGAGAAUCUAAGAGCCAUGGCGGAAGCUAAGGCCUGCACCGUGCGGACGCGCAAGUUUAUGACCAACCGUCUGUUGCAGCGGAAGCAGUUUAUCAUCGAUGUGUUGCACCCCGGCAAGGCCAACGUGUCCAAGGCGGAGCUGAAGGAGAAGCUGGGCGCCAUCUACGAGAAGAGCGACCUGUCGUGCAUCUUCGUGUUCGGCUUCCGCACGCAGUUCGGUGGCGGCAAGUCCACGGGCUUCGGGCUUAUCUAUGACAACCUCGAGGCCGCCAAGAAGUUCGAGCCCAAAUACCGCCUCAUCAGGAACGGCUUGGAGGAGAAGAAGAACAAGGAGAGCCGCAAGCUGAUGAAGGAGAGGAGGACAAGAGCCAAGAAGGUCCGCGGUGUCAAGAAGACCAAGGCUGCAGCUGCCGAGAAAAAGAACUUCAAGCCUCUAUCAGGCGCACAACAUUUGAACGUUCUCGUGCUAUUACCCUCUUCUACUGAUUCAGCCAGCAUGUCUGCCGCUGUUUGCCUUCCAGCGGCCACGGAAUCGCAGCUGUAUCGGCGUCGCAAACGCACACAAAGUCUCUCCGUAGACCUCUCCCGCGUUCCAGGCAUCGACCACCGACCAUCACCCUUGUCGCACUUAUUGCUCGCAAGACAAGCAACCGUCCUUGAAGCUCCCGCGGCCUCGUCUCGUCACGAACAUGAGCAGCGCAACUCCCGCCGCAUCCCUCGUAGCGGUUCGGCCACUUCCAAUCCGCGUGUUUUUAUCGGUGCAUCACGCGUCUCGCCGUUGUCCACGUCACCGACAUCGUGGCGACCACGCUCCCCCACCGUCGUCCGCAGCCCGCACGCGCAGAUCAUCCGCCAGCAGGCGGAAUCGGCGCAGGCGCGCGAGGCGGAGAUGGACCGCGCGUGGGAGAGCGCGGAGCGCGCAUCGGAUAGCACCUCCGCCGCAGAGCUCCCCGCAGCCAGCUGUACAGAGAAGGAGCGCCUCGGUGGUCAGCCUAACGUGAGCCGUUGCGACCGCGGGGAUUGCUACGGCGAUGACGAAGAUUCUCUGAGCACUUCGCCGCUAAGGCGGCUCUACGGCUCUAAGGUUGCCGCGUGGCGCUCUCUUCUAUCCCCUGCUGCAUCCCGUCUCCUGACACAGCCUCAUACUCUGAGCCGUUCAUCUCAAGGAGCCGGCAGCGCACGAGAGAGAUGCGUUCCUGGAACCAAGGAUGGUCCGCGAAGCUUCCACGAAAUGCUGGCGGACCUCCAACGAAGCACGGAGUCAGGCGCGCGGGAGGGAACAUCGUCGCCCCGAAUCGGCGCGGCGCGCUCGCCGUCCGCGAGCGACGCGCCUGGUGUCACGGACGGGCGCUCGCGCCGCCUUCAUCGGCGCGCCCGCUCGCUCACCUGCAUUAAUACCACCCAGGAGUUUUCCCUCAUCGAGGACUCCGCUGCCGAGGUUCUUCCCAAGCUGUCCGAUAUUCAAGAUUUAGGGAGCAAUGGCGAUCUUCGCGAGAUCGCAGAUGCGAAUCGUGCGGGUAACUCGACCUACGCAAAUAAUCGCGCCCAGAGCGUCGUGAUGGAUGCACGCGAGGGGCAAAACACGGAGAACGCUGCGGGAGCUGGCAGUGGAGUGCCCGAGGAAGCGGACACUCAUUGCGACAAUCGGGCUUUCGCAAAUUCGCAAUUUGCCGGCAUCCCGUCGUCCAGCGGAUCUACUCAGUUCGUCGCACCACCUAGUCGUCGGUUGGUUAAACGGUGGGGAAGCGCUGGUUCGAUUCCCAGAUCAUCUGCCACGCAACUGGCCGGCCAUUCCAAUACGUCCUUGAGACCAACUAGCCCAAACCCUCCUAACCUAAGCCCUAAUAACCUUUCCAAGGGGGUCUCCGCGUCUCCACUGUCACCCGUCCCCUGCCUUGUGCGGCGACACACCAGCGCUUCCCCUUUUCACGGGCGUGGCGCAAGCGCUGAUCUUUCUGCGCCGAUCCACAGGCGAAAGGUGUCGUUCAACUCUGUAGUGCAGGUUAGAGUGUACAUGUGUGCAUAA